AUGUCUCGAUCGGGUUAUUAUGAUGAUUAUUCGCGGUACUCGACGCAGAUAUGGUUCUUCUUCGUCGGCGCGAUGAUAUCUUCGGGGAACCCCGCGGUGAUGGGAUCAGAGUUUCGGGACGCGGUCUUCGUCAAUUUCCACCAGAGAUACAACGUCUCCAAGGUGGCGAUACUUCACAACGGCGGUAGUUAUUUACCUCCAGCCCCGAUUUCUCCAGAUGUCUCCUUGCCGGAGGUGAUCGAUAACAAAAACAUAGCGGGAACGGUGAACGAGACCACCGGAAACUAUCCCAACGCAUUAUUGUAUCAUCUAUCCCCCGGUCGAGAUUCCUCGCGAGCCCUUACGCGCAAGGGUUUGCAAGACACGAGGUAUCUGGGGAGCGCCGGGUUGCCCCUCCAGCAUCAUCGUCGACCCACUUUUCUGCAAGGCAAACACCCUCGACAACAGACUACAACUCCUCCUCCUCCUCUUCCUCAUCCUGAUGCUCUGGGUGAAACGCCAACGUCUUUCGCAAAUCGUAUCAACGUAGAAGAGAUGUCCUGUCAGAACACGGGAGACGAAUUGUUCUUCAGAGCAUCCAUCAGAGCACCGAGAAACUUGGCCCCGCCGGUGAUAGAUAACGUGAUGCGUGAAGCCUGUCAAGCGGCGGCAGUUAGGGAUUCUUAUCGCAUUAAUUUUGAGAGGGAUCAGGUCUGGAAUUGCGGGGUCGUUGAGUGUUCCGCGGACGGUGACCGAUCGUACUACUGUCUCGAGCUGAGAUUUCCAGCGAUUUCCGGUCUGCAUUUGAAGGACGACCGUAGGGUGACGUUGCGAUGUAAAACGCAGGACAGGAUCGCGUAUCAUACGAAGCGGAUCAGCGUGAAAACUUUGGAAGUGAAAGCGAGAAACGUUCCGAGCAUGCUAAACGGCGGCUCUAAGGACGUUCUGGACGUGGACGUGGGACUGUUUAGGAAGACUUACAACUCGGAAAACAUUUUCGACACAAGGAUACAAUCAGGCGGCACUGUCGUCCUCGGCGAGGAGAUUCUGCUGCGCGUGUUAGUCAACGGUGACGACGGUUGGCGACAUUCAAAAAUCGGCCAAGUGACGAUGCACUACGUGGAAGAGAGACAGCAACAGAGGACCGUCAACAGCCUGUGGAUCCUGGACAAGGAGGGCUGCUUGAAUUCGGAUGUGCGAGAGAUCUGUCCGCGAGAACAGUAUAAAGCAUCGCCGUUGGAGAGCUACCUAAUCUUCCAGGCAUUCAUGUUCGAGGGUAUGAAGGAGACGGACGAAAUUUCUCUCGCCGUGAAGGCGAUGGCGUGUUUGGAGCCUGCGGAUUGCGUUCUGGAUUGCCCCGCCGGUCACGUUAGACGCGCCAGGAAUGUUCCGGAUCGAAAUAAUACCGUCGAGUGGCAGGACGACAUAGUUCUACGAGUGGUCCUUCCAAAACGCGAGUCACGCGCCGAGGAAAAUUAUUAUUUAGCGAUCCUAUUACCAACAAUGGCGCUACUCGUGCUGAUCCUAUUAAUGAAGAUCGUCAAAACCUCGCUUCGCCGAAGAACAAUAAAAUCCUAAAUAAUUUCGAUCAUUUGAUAAUUAAUAAAAAUUAUGUAACGAUCCAAAAGUGUAGCAACCUAACGUCAUUAGAUAUCAAAAUGAAGUCAUUUUUAUGUUUAAUGACAUCAUUUGACGUAUGCUUGCUAUCUGGGGAUUAUUGCUAAUGUAUUAAAUACUGUUGAUAGAU